GUGCGUAUAGAUUGCUGGUCCACAGCUUCAUUAUUCAGUUUGGUAUCGAAGACUUCUGUAUGGCUUCGUGGGAAAACAUAUUAAUCGACACCUGAAAACAUGGAGCAAAAAUGUCAAGCUUUGCUAACUUUUGUGUUGAUACUGUACAUGAGAUUAUUGUGGGAGACCCAUGCUGUUUCAGACCUUUGCAAUGCAUGUAAAUGUCAAUUUGGUAAUGUAGAUUGUCGUUAUCUCAGUCUCACUACUGUUCCACCAAAUAUUCCCCAUGAUGUUCAAUUCUUAUUUCUAUCCAAUAACAAAAUCCAGAAAAUUGAAAAAGGAUCAUUCGUAAACGUCUCAAUGCUUGAGUUAGAUCUAUCCAAUAACAAAAUCCAGAAAAUUGAAAAAGGAUCAUUCGUAAACGUUUCCAUUUCCUGGUUCAACAUAGAACAUAGUGAGUUCAAAAGACGGCUUGGCGAAAUGUUGGAAGUAUUGGAAUGUGAAAAUAACUCGAAGAAAUUUAAGAAGAUUGUGUCAAUGGGAUUGUUAUUAAUCCUACUGAUUUAA